CCGACCAUUACGCCACUGUUGCGCAAGGUACAGCGUUUCACACAACAAAAUCCGAAACACGCGCCAUGACUCUCGGCAACAACCCGGCCGACGGCGGCGGCGGCUGCGGCUCUUCUUCUUCUUCGUCGUUGUCGUUCAAAGUACCUCGAGUUCCCUCCUCCGCCAUCACAACAACGGCAGCUACAGCAGUUCUGGCCGCUGCAUUCAUCCCGAUGGCGUCCGGUCACGACCACCACGAAGAUCAGAUCCCCGAGGGCGCGACCAUCUCGGUCGAGCCUCUCGAUACGACACUAUGGCUUCACAUCUUUCUGCAGACGUUUGUCUUUGGUAUCCUGUUUCCCACGGGCAUGGUGUUGGGGAUCGUCAAAAGCCGCUGGCACGUCCCUCUCCAAGUCCUCGCGACCGCCCUCGCCCUCCUCGGAUACGCACUCGGCCACCUGCACAAGGGCAGACAAUUCGUCUCCAACAAUGUCCACGCCAGCUUCGCCAACAUUUUGUUUCUUAUGAUGCUCGCCCAGGUCGUCCUCGGCGUCUACCUGAAGCUGCACCUCGAAAAGGGCUUCCAAGGCCGCAUCCGCCCCUUCUUCCGCAUCCUCCACAGCAUCAACGGCAAGGCCUUCCCUCUCGCCGCCUGGGUCCAGAUGGUGUUUGGCGGAAUCACCGCUCUCGGCUUCUGCCAGGGCGACCACCUCGGCCAGUGUCUCGCCCACUUUAUCAUGGGCAGCGCCUUUAUCGCCUACGGUGUUCUCUUAACUAUCGUUCUUUUGGUCGGUCAACUAUGGUUGCGCCGCACCGGCCGUAGCCAGGAAUUCUUCGACAGCGCCGUCAUUGCCGCCUGGGGUUGCGUCAACACUUUCACCGAACACCGCUGGGGCACGGCCUGGGUCCGCAACGAUUGGCAGCACACUACGAUGGGUGUGAUUUGGUGGGCUGCUGGUCUGGCUGGUAUUUGGCUGAGCAAGAACCGGGACGGCACGCCCAAACGUAACUUUAUCCCGGGCUUUGUUUUGUUGAUGACGGGCUGGGCCAUGUCUGCGCACCCGCAGGAACUCAUGAUUAGCGCCAUGACGCACAAGAUGUUUGGGUAUAGUCUUAUGGGCGCCGGUCUGACGCGGAUCAUUGAGAUUUCGUUUAUUCUCAAGGAUAAGCCGGCUGUGUCGGACCAGGGCUACGAGACGCACAGUUUUCAAUAUGUUCCUGUUUUUCUCCUCUACGCAUCCGGCUUCCUCUUCAUGAGCGCCACCGAAGAGCAAAUGGCUCUCAUCGCCGGUUCGGGAAUCGACCACGUCGCUUACGUCCUCAUCAUUUAUUCUAUGGCGUUCAUCCUCUUCCUUUUCGUCAACAUCCUCAUCCAUCUGUACGACCGCGGUGCCAAUGCCGGUAGCCUCAACAAGAGUACCUCUACGCAUGGAAACGGCGCGAUCCGGUUGAAUGGACGGGCUACUAGCGCUACCACCAACACCCAGACUCAGCAGCAGUUGCGUGAUGCAGGCGAGUUUGAGUUGGAGGGGUUGAUGAGUGAUGAGGAAGAUGAUGAUGAGGUUGCGGCGAGGAGGAAUUUGUUGAAGAAUGAAAGGGAUGAGGUGGGGAUUGCUAGUCCUGGUACGGCGGCGAGGAGGUAG